AUGCUGUUCAUUACUUACGGAUUUGUGCUGUUGUCAGCAACUGUCGGGGAAGUAAACGUCAAAGGUGUUGCAGGUAGAUGUCUCUGCUUUUCUCACAAUGAUCUAAAAUUAUUAAUUUCCUAUUUCAGUUACUGAAUAACGGAAGGCCUUCAAGGUUUGUAAGAUAUACACUGAAGAAUUUUUCAUUAGUGAAGGAGUAUACCGAUCCCAAUGUCAGCUUCCUUGCUUGCCAGGCGAGAGUGUUCCUGAGUACCAGCCCGCAUGAACGCGCGCGUAAUUUUUAGUGUAGAACGUGAUAAUCUCGUUCAUUUUCCAAAUAUGAUUUUGUGAAAUAGCAUAAUAACAAGAACGAGUCCUGGGUAGAAAAGAAUUUGAAAGAAAGGAGUAUCAUAAUUAAAAUAACGUGAGCGUCUAUCAAUGAAAAUAAGCUAGCAAGCUUUGACGCCGACAAUUUGACUGAUAAAACGAAACUGCAGCAACUAUAGUAAUUACACGUUGGCCUUACAUAUUCGUGCAGGAUUUUAAACCUGUAUCACUGACAGUUUGUCUGAGUUUCUUUUUUGCUUUUCAGAAAAAGUAUUAUUGACAGCUGUCUGUUAUAUCACUUCUAAUUCUGCGCCCCCUCCCGGGACUGAAACGCCAGUUAGAGGAGAAGUAAUGAUGACCCAACCGGUAAGGAGAACUGGUACCUAAUGUCACGACACCGUUAACCAAGAGCCUUCGUUACCUUGACCAGUGAUCGACAUUAAAUACACUACUGACCAAUCUAAGGAAAUUUCUUAAAUUCAAUGUCUAUUUUCUUAGCUUGUUGCCCAAUUAACGCUGAGGGAUUUUAUUUUCAGCUGCUAUUUUAGUGGGAGGUCUUUUGCAUGAGACUCAGCACUGAUCAGAUGGGACAUUAUAAGUAAUGAGGGGGGGGAAGGGAGGGGAGAUCGACAUCACCUAAAGCUAUCAGAGCACAAUUCUUACAUGUUUCCUUUUGUUUGAUGGUUCUCAAAUUGUUCUUUGUCGUUUUUGUUUCUUUUUUUGCAGCCAUUGGGAAUGGGUCCCACAACCAUGCAUAUUCAUAUAAAAGGUCUUCCUCCCAACACAGUACAUGGAUUUCACAUCCAUGAAUACGGAGACACAUUUUCAGACGGUACGUUUGCCUGGUCUAAUACUAAUAAAAUCGUGACCAACGUCUUGAUAGCAUGCGGAACGAGCCUCGUCUUUCCACGUUUUUCAGACGGGCAGAGACAAGCGCAGGGCGAACACGAGACAAACGCGAGGGGAACGCGAGGUGAGCGUGAAGGGCGAUGUCAUGCACCAAAGGAGAAGGAGAAGCACUCCUUAACGUGUGAGUUCUCUUCACUCUUACCGAGCGAUUGCCUUCUCUCUAAGACAAGACAAAAUAAAAAAACAAACACACAAACACCUGUCCCAAUCCUUGUCAUGAAGACACUAAAAACAAAGGAAACUUCGACUAAUCUUGUGAUUUCAUUUGGCUAAAUUUGUUCGAUCAAGGUAGCUGGAUGAUGGCUUCGUUCUUUUUUUGCGUUUUUAUGGACCUCGCCUUCGUCCCAAUCCACAUUGAACGUAAAAAUCGCCCAUUUCCAAACAUUAAGAAUGAAGCAUAAGUUCGGUUAAUCACGCGCUCAAAGGCAUUGCUUUAAAUUAUCCUCCAGGGUGUCAAAGCACCGGAAGUCACUACAACCCGUUGCAUAUGACACACGGUGCGCCUCAAGAUAAAAUACGGUAAGCAACUGCUUGUCACACAAUAUCGCACAAUCGUUAUAUGACUGUUUAUGUUUCUUUAAUGUGACUAAUACAUAUCGCUAUGGCGUAUCUUAUUUGUUUCGUAGAGUAAACAAUUAAUUUCUGUUUAUAGCCACUUUGGAGACUUGGGAAACGUGGUUGCGGAUAAAGAGGGUGUCGUCAAUGCUGUGCUUGUUGAUCCUCGGGUGUCCUUGUUUGGGCCCUUCUCAGUUGUUGGAAGAGCGUUUGUGGUGAGCUGAAAUUGGAAAACAUAUUGUAAAUAAUUUUCGAAGAAGAGACGCAUUCAGCUCGCGUCGGCAGUUCGUUCAUCAACAUCGCUAUUAAAUUAUUUUGUCGCCAUUAAUGUAAUCAUCAUCAUUAUCAUUAUCAGAUCUUUUUCUUUAAUAAAUAUUCCGACUGCAUAGAAAAUUCAUUGAGACUGCAGAACGUUCAUUUCUCUCAGAGAUUUGUUAUGUUUCGUUCCCAGAUCCAUGAAAAGAUAGAUGACCUCGGUCAAGGGACUGGGCCACUUCAAGUUGAGAGUUUGAAAACCGGUAACGCGGGCGCUCGUUUGGGAUGUGGCGUUGUUCGACUUGCGCCCGUGAAAAUAGGCCAACAAGAUCCAGAUGUCGAAACCUCAUGA